AUGCCGCCACCGCGGCUGGAUAACCUCCCUUUCGAUGUAUUCUACCAAAUCGCAACCUCGCUGGACGACCGUGAUUGUAUUCAUCUCAGCCGUACCAAUCGUAUCAUCCAUGAUUCCAUGCAAAGCGAGCUCAUCGCGAGGAAAACCGUCGAGAAUGUCCUACGACAUAGCAAGGAAGGCUCCAUAGCCUUGCAGGCCCAGGCUGGUUAUCGUAAGGCUGUCUCCCAUCGCUUUGACAUCAACGAGGCGGUCGCCACGGCCACCCCUUACUCCGUUUCUGUCUUGGCCUAUGGCUCCGAUUUUCUUUAUCAACAGGGCGUGCUUUGUUAUCGGGUCGGGCAGGAAAUUCGCCUCCUGGACGUCCAUCGUGUCGCCCAGCGUGAACGUGUCCUUAAUCUCCACGAUGUCCUUCGUCGCUUGGAAUCCAGCCCGAUGGACAGAGAUGCCGCCGAGCGGGUCAAACUUAUCCACUAUCAUGACGGUAUCGUCGUCUUACGUGUGAUUAAUGAUGAUGCUUUAGGAGAUGGCUUACUAGCCAUUGACAUGGAAAGCCGUCCCGGUCUUUCCAGGCGGAGACGCUUACUUCUCCAGGCGGUUGUGCCGUCCAAUGUGCCCAUCUUCGUGCGAAAUAGUCGCUCGUAUAUGUGGUAUGGCUGUUUUACCGCCUCUGCCGCUAACUCUGAUGGCGUCUGGUCGGUCUGUGGUGUGGAUUUUGCUACACAGGAGACAAUUGAAUUCCCAUUGGACCGUGUAGUCGAUGGCGAUCUAGGCCAGACGUUGUGCUUCGAGAUGUACAAGGAGCACCUAUACGCCGUCUCGACACAAGUCGCGUCAAAUGAUGAUGAGCGCUUCUCUUCUUUCUACCAUUGGUUCUGUCACGCUCCCCGACAAAAGGGUCAGAAGUGGAAUGAUCGUGUAUGGCGCCGUGAACACCGUGAGGGUCCUAUCAACGAGAUGUGGACAGACUUGUCUAUCCGCACCCAUGAGGAGACCGGCAAUCCAGUCAUUAUCGAAUGUCGCCGGGAAUGGCGUCACGGCAAGAGCGAGAAUCACCGGACAACCUAUAUCCAACCUCUCCCCACGCCGGAAGAGGCAGCUGAGGCAGAAUUGAGACGUUCACCAUGGGUGAAUGAUAACGAAGAUGAAGACGAAGACGAGAACGAGAACGAGAAUGACAAUCUCAAAGAUAUCUCAGAUCACGAUACGCAUGGCCAAACCUUUGACCAGCGACCUGAAAAGCGGCUGCGCCGCAACUACCACGCCGAAUACGAGCACACGCAUGACCAAAACAACCGACAAGAAUUUAUCGCCGCGCGCACCAAGUACCGCAGUUAUCACCUCUCCGCGGCAACAUUCAUAGAUCUGGUCAACGAUCCCGCCCCGGAGGCAGACGGACUUCGAUCCCGCGAUCGGAUUCGACUACGAACAGUCUCACGCAAACGAAAGUGUCCCGUCGACGAAGAAGGAACCGGCCUCUUAUUCAAGCACACCCAGACCGAAGCAGACGGCCGACCAGUCGAGGGGUCAGAGGAACAAUUUUCCUGUCGUGGCGUCCACCUUUGGCCAGCGGAGGAUUCACCGAGUGAACUCACCCACCUUCUUUGCCCCGACACACGCGCUGGAACCGUACAUGCUAUUUCCGAUGAGCGCUCUCUUCUAUAUUCAAUCUCUUCUCCGGGUCUACCACUUGGUAACCAGGCUUUGAUUCUGAUCAGUUUUGAUCCUAAGAUCCGAUUUCCUAACCUUCCUACCCUGCGCUCGUUGAAGACGCCGGUUGUGGGCGACAUCUUUCCAGUCGAUAUCCCUGCCCCUGGGCCUUCUUCUAGUGGCUCGCUUAUACGUGAGGCAAGACCUCUUUACCAGGCUAUUGGUCGUGGAUAUUGGCUGCGAUGA